AUGCCUUUUGUUACAGAUGUUCUAAAAGACACUUCGUUUUCAGCCUCUGCUAGACAGCAAGCUCUCAAUCGCAUCUUUUCCGACCCAGGCCUCCCCCAGACUUCGACAACCUCGUCGUUCUGGACCCAGGAGAAAUACAACUUUAGCCAGGGAGCUGCAAUGUCUCUGCCCAAGGAAGCCGAUGUUGUUAUCAUCGGAUCUGGGAUCACCGGAGCAUCUAUUGCGCGGACCUUGCUCCAGAGCCGCGCUUCCAAUCCCUCUUCCACCUCUCAUCCAUCAGUUGUCAUGCUCGAAGCCCGCACAGUUUGCAGCGGAGCAACUGGCCGCAAUGGCGGUCACAUCCUGGAGACAGCUGACGAAUAUGCCGAGUUCGCUGAUGCUUUUGGCGUGGACGCAGCACGUAAACUUGUCCGCUUCCGAUUGGCACAUCUGCGGGAGAUUCUUGCUGUCGCAGAGGAGCUUGGCAUCACUACGGAGACACAAGCACGAAAGGUUCAGUUUCUGAGCGUUUACUUUGGCGAGGAGCCUUGGCGGGCGGCGAUGGAGCGAAUGCGCCGGUUCAAGGAGGGGAUGCCAGAGGAAGCUGCUGAAUGGACAUCUUAUGAGGGAGACGCUAUCCCGAGGGAGUUGUGUUUGACUCGUGCCCGAGGCGUCGUCGCCGGCCCUGCUGGAGCGCUCUGGCCCUACAGAUUUGUCACCGGCGUCCUCAAACGACUCCUUGCAGACUUCCCAGAUGACUUGCGCGUCGAGGAAAACACCCCUGUGACCGCUGUCUACGAUGAGACUUCCUCCAGCGGCCCAAGAUACAAGAUCGAGACAAGCAGAGGCACUAUUACCGCCCGGCACGUUAUCCACUGCACCAAUGCCCAUGUCAGCCACCUAGUACCCGGGUUCCGGGGCAGAAUCUUCCCCGUGCGCGGGCAGAUGUCCGCGCAAACCCCUGGCGACAAAUUCCCCAACCAGGCCACGAAUCAUUCAUGGCUCUUCAACUACGACCGCGGAUUUGACUACAUGACUCAGCUACCGGAAGGGCAGAUGAUGCUUGGCGGGGGCUUCGCACAGAGUGAGGCUGGCGGCCUAGCAGAGAUGGGCGUCUCGACAGACUCUGACCUUAGUCUUUACAUUGAUAUCCACUUGUCUGGGGCUCUGCGUGCUAUCUUCGGAGGUACAGACUGGGGCUGUGUGCAAGGCGACCCAGUGCAGGCGAUGUGGACUGGUAAUAUGGCGUUCAGCUCCGAUGGGUUCCCUUGGGUAGGACGGUUGUCUGAGACUGCGACUGGUCGCUCCGAGCAUGGGUCUGAGGGAGCCGAGUGGGUUUGUGCUGCAUUUGGUGGGGAAGGAAUGGUUCAGGCUUGGUUUAGUGGUAAGGCAGUGGCGACUAUGCUGCUUGCACAGGAUGCUUCGCUGAGUGAGACUGUCAGUGCAGAUCUUUCGUGGUUCCCUGAGCAGCUGCUUAUGACAGAGGAGAGGUUUGCCGAUGCAGUCUUGCCGAAAGAGGCUGUUGAUGACGUGCACAAGGCGAAUCUUUAG